AUGGUUGCUCGCAUCGGUUUGAACAAGGGAGAGGCAGAGAUGAGAGGAGUGGGAGCGGCAGAGGCGCGGGGAGUGGGAGAGGCAGAGGCUAGAACAGUGGGAGCGAGCGAGGAGCAGGAUGAAAGGGAAAGAGGGAAUAGAGGUGAGAGCGAUGGGGGGCUUCGGAACGGCAGUCAGUCUUGGGGAAGGAAGGGAAGCAGGAAACGGAAGAGAGUAGAGAGGGGGAUUCAGGAAAGGAAGGAAAGGACAGGAGGGACAGAGGGAAGGAGAGUAGAGGGAGGGGAUGGGGGAGAGGAAGGAAGGGGAGUGGAAGAAGUAGGGCUGCGAGAGACGGGAAGGGCGAGGAGGGAAGAGGGAGGUGGAGAUGGGUGGAGGGAGGUGGAGUUGGUGUUUCCAGAUUCUGGGGAGAGAAUGAGCGGGAAAAGGGAGAUGGGUGCGAGGGAGAGGAUGGGCAGAGGGGAGGGGGUGAUAGGAGGGGAUAUGGGGAUGGGUUGGGAGGGGAGGAUGGGCGGGGAGCAGUGGAUGGGAAGGGAGGGAGGGCAUGGACGGAUAGAUCUAACUCUGAUGGUUGAUGCAGGGGAGGAGAGCAAUUACAGGGACUUAGGGGGUAUACGGCAUUGUGGAGCAGUGGCGCAUGGGGUGACACUGGGUGGGAGGGUGUGGAGAGGGGGCAUGGGAAUUGGGGAGAUAAGAGGGAGAAUGAAGCAAGGGGGGGUGAUGGGGGGGAGAAGUUGCGCGGAUGGGGAGGAAGCUUUGAUUGGUGGGGGUCGUAGAGAGGAGGGGCGGGAGGGAGGAUGGAGAGUAGGCGAGAGGAGGGGUGAUGGUGGGUUGGGAGAAGGGGAAAGAUGGGAAGAGUAUGGAUGUGGGAGGGUUAUGAGACGCACAGCUGAUGGGGUGGUUGGGGGGGAUGGGGGUGAUGGGGUUGAUGGGGGUGAUGGGGGUGAUGGGGGUGAUGGGAAUGGAGUGAGUAUGCGAGGCAGACAGGAGGAUGAGUGUGUUGAUACCAGCAGUGCUCCCACGCGCAGAGAGCGGGGGAUUGAUGUGAGGAGAGGAGGGAUAUAUGGCUGCAGAGAAAGAGGCCGCAGGCGAAAUAGUGGUUCGGAGGCAGGCGUACUGCAGGGGGAGGCUUUUGAGUCGACUCAUAAGUCACUUAGAAAUAGUGUUUUGGAAGCAGGCGUACAGGGGGGGGAAGAGGAGGAGAAAAAGAAAGAGGAGAAGGGGGAGGAGGAGGCGGAUGAGGAGGAGGAGGGAGACGAGGAAGAUGAGGAAGAGGAGGAGGAUGAGGGGGAUGAGGGGGAUGGGGGGGAUGAGGGGGAUGAGGGGUCCAAGCACAAACCCGAGGAGCAAGAGGGAGUGGAUGGUGGUGAGAGGUCGGCAGAACCUGUCACAGGCGCGAACGUUUUUGAGAACUCUCAAACGCAACUCAAAUUGUGCAUUCACGCUGUCGGAACUCACAGUGGGAGUGCAGAGGUGAGGCGGAGUGGGGGUGCUGUUGCAGGGGCGGGAGUGUCCCCGACGUCCCCGACGUUCCCUCCUGCUGCACCUCCUGCCCGUGCCCCUGCUACUGCUGCUGCUGUGGUUAGAUCAGCAGUUACCAGGGGUUCUUCUGCUGCUGCUGGCGCUGCUGCUGCUGCUGCUGCUGCUGCUGCUGCUGCUGCUGCUGCUGUUGGUGGCGGUGGUGGUGGUGCUGCUGCUGUUGGUGGCGGUGGUGGUGGUGCUGCUACCGCUACUGCCAGUGCUGCUGUGUCUUCUGUGGCUAAGGGAGCUGGUAGAAACCGGUAA